AUUCCAUUCCACCAUGAUCGCAUCGCGUUGUGGUGGUCGGAAACAAUUUAGCUGAAGGAAACCUCCGGUAGCAGCUACUGAUAUUACAGUGGCGAGCAUAUAAGUCGUCUUUGUGACAGUUAACAGAACCUAUAAUUUUGAUUCGUUAGUCUUCUCGGGUAGCACAUCCGAUGUCACUCUUGAACCAGCUCUUCAAUCGAGGCGUUUUUGGUUCCAAAUGUAAAACAUGCCUGACCUUGGCUCUCUCACGCAUGAAGUUGCUUCAGAACAAGAGGGAGUUGAAUCUAAAACAGAUGCGCAAGGAGAUAGCACAAUUCUUGCAGGCCGGCCAAGAAGCAAUUGCUCGAAUCCGUGUGGAGCAUGUGAUACGGGAACAAAACAUAUGGGCUGCUUUCGAGAUACUAGAGCUCUUCUGUGAGUUUGUUCUCGCCCGCAUUCCAAUUAUUGACGCUCAGAAGGAAUGUCCUGCUGAGGUGCGAGAGGCUGUUGCAAGCAUAAUAUUUGCCUCUCCAAGAUGUUCAGAAGUUCCUGAUCUACUGCAGAUCAAGAAUUUGUUUACUGCUAAAUAUGGCAAGGAGUUUGUCAUGGCUGCUUCGGAGCUCCGACCUGACUCUGGUGUCAACCGCGCAAUCAUAGAAAAACUAUCAAUUGGUACACCAUCUCCGGAAGAAAGGCUCAAGGUGUUGAAGGAAAUUGCAAAAGAGUACCAUCUGGAAUGGGACUCUUCUGAAACAGAAGCUGAGCUCAAUAAACGGCAUGAGGAUCUUCUGGCUGGAGCUAAGCAAGCUGUACCAGAGGGUUCCCAUUCUCAAGUUCCCAGCAUUCAGAGUUGUCCCAAGUCUCAUACCAAUCAGACAUCCAUGGACAGCAGACAAGAAUAUGUGCAGUUUCAAGCUUCAAGUCCCACUAUGGCAUCAUGUAAGAAGCCCCUAGCGAAGACUGAUGAAGUCAAUCACCCACCACCAAUCAGGAAUCACAAUGCAGAAAAAUUCUCUGAUGGUAGAAAGGGGACGAAAGCACAACCAUCUGAUGUCUUGGAGGUUGCUCGAGCUGCUAUUGCAUCUGCAGAACGAGCCACUGCAGCUGCACAUGCGGCUGCUGCGCUUGUGAGUGUCAAUUUUGGUUCUCUGAAUCUUCAAGAAAGCAAGCUUUCUUGACGGUGGAAUGGACAAACUGGGACCUGCAUGCUUGAGGUUGCAAGAGUAAGAUUUGAAGCCACCAUGAAAUAUCUUUUAUUUUCAGUUGUUUGGAUAUUAUAAUCCCAUGAGGAAGCUAAUACCAAUUGUUAUUGCUUUCCAUACUUAUUUCCUCUCUGUAACGUCGAACCUGACCACUCGCUUUUCCAUCAGAUGUGGAAGAAAGAACUGAUUACAAAUGGUAAUUCAUGGCCGACAAGAUGACGGGGAUACAUGUAUAAUUACAAUCUGUAUUAACUGUUUAUUGGUACAUAUAAGAUGCAGUACCACAAACAAUAGCUAAGUAAAUCGCAAGUUAACCAUUCAUUUCAUUGAACAAGGGAUGUAGGGUAGGGAUUUCUAAAAUGUGGGAUUUUGACCACAAUCAGCAGGUUGGAGGAGGAGACGAAGAAAGGAGAUGGCGAUGGUCUGUGGAGACGCGUUGGUGAUGGGUGGUGAUGCCGGAGGAGAGGAAGAAGGAGAUACAACGGCGGCGGACGAUGGAGAGGGAGAAUAGGGAGAUAGAAGGAGAGGAAGAAGAAGUUAGGGAUUAACGAAGAGUUAGUUGUAUGAGUGAGGGCAAUUUUCGGUUUUUAGAAAAUCAUUAGUGAUAGAUUUGGAAAAAAUAAAAUAAAAGUGAAAUGUGAGAUUUCGAAAAAUAUGGGACAAGUAUUUCAAAAAUCUACAAUGGAGGGAUUUCAAAUUUCCUCACCCAAAAUUCCACGCGA